GCGUCGCAGCGGCCCGUGCGUGAGGCGGCGCUCUGACCUUGCGGGCUCGGCUGUCCGGCUGCCCCCGCCGGGCCCUCCACUCGCCGGGAACAUGGCUGCCGUACGUAGGGCCCGCAGUGACUCCCGCUGCGUGGUGCGCUUCUCCGACCGAGAACUCUGCUAGAUUUACCCCCCCGGCGGGGGGAGGACACACGGAACGAACCGGGGACGGCGCAGGGCAGAGACCCCCCACCCGGGACCGGACACAGCGCCGCUCCGAGCGCGGGGGCAGCAUGGCAGAAGCUGAAGAAGAUUGUCACUCUGAUUUGGUAAGAACCGAUGACAAUGAAAGAUCUGGUGAAGCAAAUCUUCAGGCAGAGCUCCAGAUGUUCAGAGCUCAGUGGAUGUUUGAGCUUGCUCCAGGUAUGAGUUCUAGUGGGCUGGAACCUCUGUCAUGCAGAGCAUCUUCAAGAGGACCUGGAGUAAAGUCUGUAGAUGCCAGAGGGAAACAGGAGCUGGCAAAAGAGGAAAAGGCGAAAGAACUUUUCCUGAAGGCAGUGGAAGAAGAACAAAAUGGGGCCCUUUACGAAGCCAUCAAGUUUUAUCGUCUAGCCAUGCAGCUUGUACCUGACAUAGAGUUUAAGAUCACCUAUACACGGUCUCCAGAUAGUGAUGGAGUUGGAAAGAGGUGUGUUGAGGAUAACAAAGAGGAUGACAAAAUGGCUGAUCUACUGUCGGAUUUCCAGCAGCAGUUAACUCUGCAGGAAUCUUCAGUCAAACUUUGUCAGCCUGAAGUUGAUGUCAGCCAGACCCAUAUCUCAGCAUUACCUAUGGAAGUACUAAUGUACAUUUUCAGAUGGGUGGUUUCAAGUGACUUGGACCUAAGAUCAUUAGAGCAAUUAUCUCUUGUUUGUCGAGGAUUUUACAUUUGUGCCAGAGAUCCUGAAAUCUGGCAUCAAGUCUGCUUGAAAAUAUGGGGCAGGAGCUGCAAUAAACUUGUUCCGUACACCUCUUGGAGGGAAAUGUUUUUGGAAAGGCCUCGUGUUCGAUUUGAUGGUGUAUAUAUCAGCAAGACAAAAUACAUACGUCAAGGGGAACAAUCUCUGGAUGGUUUCUAUAGAGCGUGGCACCAAGUGGAAUAUUACAGGUAUUUGAGAUUCUUUCCAGAUGGUCAAGUUAUGAUGCUAACAACUCCUGAAGAUCCUCCAUCUAUAGUUCCUCGCUUACGGACUAAAAAUACAAGAACGGAUGCAAUCUUGCUUGGCCAUUAUCGCCUUUCCCAGGAAACAGACAAUCAAACCAAAGUAUUUGCUGUAAUAAUGAAGAAAAAAGAGGAGAAACCAAUCGACUACCACAAGUUCAGGUAUUUCCGCCGCGUUCCUGCACAAGAAACAGAUCACAGUUUCCAUGUAGGACUACAGUUGUGCUCCAGUGGGCGCCAGAGGUUCAACAAACUUGUCUGGGUACAUCAUUCUUGUCACAUAACUUACAGGUCGACUGGUGAGACAGCUGUUACUACUUUUGACAUUGACAAAAUGUACACCCCUUUGUUCUUUGCACGAGUGAAGAGUUUUACUGCAUAUUCAGAAAAGCCGCUCUAGGAAACACCUUUUCCUCUCACAACUCCUGCAUGAAUAAAAAAAGGUUGUAGUUAAGGAGCACUUAAGCUAUAAAUGUG